CACCGCAUCUACAGGAUGCUAGUCGAUAUUGCCACCAAUCCCCACGCCCAGUGCCCCCGGGUUCUCGGAGCGGACCUGGAAGUUCACGGGUCGAGACCCGGAGCCGAGUGAGACCGUUGUCCUGCGACUGCGUGCGAAAACCUUAGAACCAUGUAUGCAAGUCAUGAAGAUAUUGGGUAUGACCUUGAAGAUGAUCCCAAGGCUAAGAAGGCCCUGAAGCCCCACCCAGACAUUGAUGGCGGGUGGGCCUGGAUGAUGGUCCUUUCUUCCUUUUUUGUACACAUCCUCAUCAUGGGCUCACAGAUGGCCUUGGGAGUCCUCAACGUGGAGUGGCUUGAAGAGUUCCACCAGAGCCGUGGCCUAACCGCCUGGGUCAGCUCCCUGAGCAUGGGUAUCACCUUGAUCGUGGGACCUUUCAUCGGCUUGUUCAUUAACACGUGUGGGUGCCGCCAAACAGCAAUCAUUGGCGGGCUGGUGAACUCCCUCGGCUGGGUGUUGAGUGCCUAUGCAGCCAACGUGCAGACUCUCUUUAUCACCUUUGGAGUGGCAGCUGGCCUCGGCAGCGGGAUGGCCUACCUGCCUGCGGUAGUCAUGGUGGGAAGGUACUUUCAGAAGAGACGAGCCCUGGCCCAGGGCCUCAGUACCACAGGGACAGGAUUUGGGACAUUCCUGAUGACCGUUUUGCUGAAAUACUUGUGUGCAGAGUAUGGCUGGAGGAAUGCCAUGUUCAUACAAGGUGCCGUGUCCUUGAACCUGUGUGUUUGUGGGGCGCUCAUGAGGCCCCUGUCUCCUGGGAAGGUAGAAAACUGCCCAAGAGGGAAGGAGCCCUGUGCCCUCCCAGCUUACUCCACUGAAUCUGUAAAAUCAGGAGGACCACUGGGCAUGACUGAAGAACAGGACAGACAGCCUGAGAAUGAGGAGACUGUCUGUGACCUUCAAGCACAGGAGUGUCAAAGUCAACCCCGUCCCAGGAAGAACAUGUGUGCUUUGCGGGUUCUGAAGACAGUGAGUCAGCUCACUGUCCGAGUCCAGAAGGGCUUCAGGGACUGGUACUCGGGCUAUUUCGGAACAGCCUCGCUCUUCACCAACCGCAUGUUUGUGGCCUUUAUUUUCUGGGCUCUGUUUGCAUACAGCAGCUUUGUCAUCCCUUUUAUCCACCUGCCGGAAAUCGUCAGUUUGUAUAACCUGUCGGAGCAAAACGAUGUGUUCCCUCUGACCUCAAUUAUAGCAAUCCUUCACAUCUUCGGGAAGGUGAUCCUGGGGGCGGUGGCUGACCUCCCCUGCAUCAGCGUCUGGAACGUCUUUCUCAUAGCUAACUUCACCCUGGUCUUCAGCAUCUUCCUCCUGCCAUUGAUGCACACCUAUGCGAGCCUGGCUGUCAUUUGCGCCCUGAUUGGGUUUUCCAGCGGGUAUUUCUCCCUCAUGCCUGUGGUGACGGAGGACCUGGUUGGCACUGAGCACUUGGCCAAUGCCUAUGGCAUCAUCAUCUGUGCCAACGGCAUCUCAGCUUUACUGGGACCACCAUUUGCAGGGUGGAUCUUCGACAUCACACAAAAAUAUGAUUUUUCCUUUUAUAUCUGUGGCUUGCUUUACAUGGUAGGAAUACUCUUUUUGCUCAUUCAACCCUGUAUUCAGAUGUUAGAACAAUCCAGAAGAAAGUACACAGACGGUGCACAUGUUUAGUUAGUGUCCUGCAACACUUCCUGAGUCCUCGCCUCAGCCUACCUCACCUGGUCGCUAGGGGGCGCUCUGUGUGGUCACUGGCGGUAAAUGCCGCUGUCAUUCUCUCACCUGGAGCAUCAUGGCCUCCGGAGGGGGCAGAAGUGAUUAGAAUGGCGUAUGUCUUAGAGAUGAUGGUGUUUAGAGCUUAUUAAAUAGUUGAUACAGGUGCCCUGAUGAAAACUUAAACCAGGCAUGGUGGCAAAUGCCUAUCAUCUCACCUCUAGGUGGAGGCAAGAAGACUGGAGAUUCAAGGUUAGCCUCUGCUACCUAGUGAGUUCCAGGCCAGCCUGGGCUACACGAAAACCUGUCUCAAAAAAAAAAAAAAAAAAAAAAAAGAAAGAAAGAAAGGAAGAGAGAGAGAGAGAGAAGUCUCUACCUUCUCUCUCUCUCCCUCCCUCUCUUCCUCUCCUCCCCCUCCUCCUGUCAUCCGCUGGGACUAGGACUUUACAUACAAAGACUGGAAGUAAAAGCUUUGCAACUCAACCACUUCUUUGCAGGGUAAAACCCCAGAGUCUGUAUCUCCACAAAGGAUCCAGAUAAAUGGGCUUUGAGCAUGAGAAUAUGACUGGGUGUCAUAAAUUACUCUUACAAGGAGUUAUUGGUCUCUAAUAUCAUACAAAGGCAGGCUAUCAUUUCAAAAGUUCUGUAACUUGUGGACUGGGGAGAUGGCUAAGAGGUUAGGAGCACUUUCUGCUCUUGCAGAGGACCAGAGUUCAGCCUCCAGCACCCACAAGUUGGCUCACAACGUGUGUAAGUCCAGGUCCAGAAGCUCAGAUGCCGUCUUCUUGUCUCUGUGGCCACUGCACACAUGUUGCACACAUACAUAACUCAGACAAAACACCCAUACACAUAAAAUGCAAAAACAAAUCUUUUUUUAAUAAGUAAUACAAUUUAAUACAAUUUUUAAAAAACAGUUUAUAUUUUUAUGAAAGAAUUCUGUAGCUAAGAAGUACAGUUUCUAACUCUUCCUUAGAAAUGAAAUUGGCCUUCCUUCUAACCCAGUUUAUUGUGUCAAAGAAGAUGAGUUCAGCCAUAAGCUGAACUCAACACAAAUCCUUCCCGAGUGGUCUGUGAAUGAUGUCCUUGGCGGUAUGUGUUUCUUAGUGCACAUGACUAUGACAUCAAGGGCUACGGUUCGCACACUUUGAUUCAUGCCAUCGUCUUAGAGUAAACCAUCUUUUUUUUUAAGAGUUGGGCAGUGGUGGCACACUCCUUUAAUCUCAGCACCCAAGAGGCAGAGUCAGGCAGAUCUCUGAGUUCAAGGCCAGCCUGGUCUGUAGAGUGAGUUCUAGGACAACCAGGGCUCCACAGAGAAACCCUGUCUCAAAAAAACAAAAAAGAAUCAAGCUGUGAGGAUUUUAGAUGGAUUGCCUUGUACCUGUCCAUGUACCUGACACUGGGGUGUGGUGCCAAAUAGCCCAGCUCUGGUGCCUCCUGCCAUAUAGAUUAUUCACUUGUCUGGACCUGGCACAAUUUUCAAAAUAGUUCUCUUUGUUGGUUUCAUACAUGAAGAUGUCUGAUCUGGGACAUCACAAAAUCAAAAUACUCUUCCUAAGCUGAGAUCUCUAUUUUUCUAAAGCUAAAGCAUUUUCAGACUACAGAAUGUUCUUCCCAGGAUCGUUUUAAAAUUUCUGACUGCCUUACUUAUUUAUACAUACCUUUAAAUGACUUAAAUGUGUACUUGCUGGUUUGGGGGUGUCUUCAGUGAUAAGAGCACUUUCCUGAUGUGUUCAAGACCUUCAUCUCCACGCCAAAAGCAAGAAACUUUGACUCACAAUUUGCUCAUCAAACAGAACUGCCAUUGUCUUGGGUCAAAUUUACUUAAAAUUAAUCCAUUAUCAAUUACCUUUGAUAAUUAAAGGCAGGAAUGCUAGGAACUGGAAUUGUAGAAUGCUCCCAAUGUCUAACUUUCAGCCAGAAUGCAAGGGGAGCUUCCCGGAUGUUAACAGGUAAUUAAACAAACAGUUUCCUUCUGCUUCAUCUCCCCUGUCUCCUGCCCUAAGGACUAGGGAAAAGGGUUGUACCAUGAAACCACCCAGAUAACAUCAGUAGUGAGCAGGCUGGCUAAUAGACAGGAGCCCCAAAGGCCCUGCUGAUCCACACACGUCAUUACUUCCAAUGAUGUGAGCGUGGCCCAGAAGUUAGAUAAAUGGUCAUUUAGAUGCUGCGCUCCAUUUGGUUUAACACAAAGACAUGCUUGGUUUUUGUUUUGUUUUGUUUGAGACAGGGUCUCACUAUGUAGAUCAGGCUGGCCUCAAAAUCACAGAGACCUGUCUUUCUCUUCCUCUCUGUCUCUGCCUCCACACCUGCCCAAAGAGCUGGUUUUUAUCAUCAUACCUGUAGCACAUCUUGAUGUUUUAAUAAAGGUAAUAUUAGCCAGACGUGGUGCAUACUUUUAAUCCCAGCACUUGGGAGGCAGAGGCAGGCAGAGUCCAAGGCCAGUCUGGUCUACAGAGUGAAUUCUAGGACAGCCUGAGGUACAUAAUGAGAAUCUAUCUUAAAAAUAAAUAAAUAAUAAUCUUUAAAGCUGAAGCAGUGAUAUUUAUUUUCUUGUUAAAUACAUACAAACACACAUACAUGUACAUGUGUAUACGUAUUUACCAUACAAUUAGGAACCGUUAAACAUGUUAUGUAUUAUUAAAACUACAUUACUUCGCUACUCUCACUGUCUGCAACAUCAGUUAACAGGAGGCAGUGUUAAGUGUGCCAAACGGUGCUAUGGCCCAUGACAGAGGACGCUUGCAUUGCUUACUCUGCAUUGAGAUGCCAACUUUCUGCCCAUUGGCCCAACUGGAGCUGCAUCCAUGUUAGAUUGCUCGGGUUUCUAUGUGUGCAUAUACUGUACUUGAGGGUGCAGUGGCUUCUACUGAAUCAGAGGUCCCUGCAAGACUGAAGCAAGACCUGCUUGCAAAAACAAACAAAAAACAAAUGGCUCUCUGGUCAUACCGCAGUGUUCUGAAGAUAUUCUCACUGGUUAAUUGUGUGGUCACAUCGUACGCUUUAUUGUUUGCCCUUCGCAUACCCAAGUUGUUUAUUUACCUGUAACUAAAUAAAUGCUGUCCUCCUUAAA